GGGAGGGCUCUGCUCACAAAGACCCCCAACUGCAGAGAUAGAAGGAAGGAGAGAGCAGACAGAGAGAGGGGACAAAGGCACCCAGAGAGAGUUACACAGGGAGGGAGACAAAGGAGGUGUGGGUGUGAGUGGGUGGGGGAUCCAUGAGUGAGACCCAUGCACAAUACAGCUGAGAGACUGCAAAGUAACAGGAGAGACAGGGGGAUGGGUGACAGAGGGGGGAGCCCUGCACAUUCUCAUGGCAUGUUAUAGAGUGCAGGUAAAUAAGAGACAGCUUUGGCAAGCAUUGCGAGAGACCCCUAGGAGAGUGCUGGAGGGUAGCAUCAGGAAUGACAAAGAGACUAUAUGAUACCUUAGGGGAAAGAAAGAGACAGACUGAGAGCAACCAUUGUCACUGCCCAAGGAAGAGACAUCCUGGAAGGCAGAGAAGCCAUAAGGUGACAGCUGAUACCAUGUUGUGGAUUGCAGGAUAUCUCCCAGGGAUGUAACUCAUCCUACCCAGGCUGUAUUGGUAAUAAACAUCUCUGCAUGGAACAAACACGUCAAGACGGCUGUUGAAAGCAAGGAGCGUGGAAGAAACAGGCAAGGCCCGGGGGAAACAUGACAUCCACUAUGCAAACGCUACACUUCCAGCUGCUACCCCCUGAUCCGGGGCAGGACUGGCCUCCCCCAUGUGAACAAGAAAUAGAGAGGAGGUACGAGGUGGUUCCCUCGGUGGUUUGCGCCAUGUGCUGUCUCUUUGGCAUCAUCUAUUGUUUUUUUGGUUACCGCUGCUUCAAGGCCGUUAUGUUUCUGACAGGUCUAAUGUUUGGUUCUGUGGUCAUCUUCAUGUUGUGCUAUAAAGAACGUGUCUUGGACACACAGUUGAGCGUGGAAGCCAGUGUCGGCAUUGGUUUGGGCAUUGGAGUCCUCUGUGGGCUGGUUACCAUGCUGGUGAGAAGCGUAGGACUCUUCAUGGUGGGCCUGCUGCUGGGAUUGCUGCUUGCGAUAGCCACCUUGAUUGUCAUGGAGCAGUUCUACCAUCCACGCACAGUCUGGGUUCCCGUGGCUCUCCUGCUUGGAAUUGGGAUGCUGUUUGCUGUCCUGACCCUACAGUGGCAGCGUUUCUUCACUACGCUUUCCACCGCAGUCUUUGGCAGCGCCAUUAUGACAGUGACGGUUGAUUAUUUCAUUGAAUUGUUUUUACUGGUGCAGUAUGUGUAUCAACGCAUGAAGGUGGCUCCUCCACAGAACGUCUGCUGGUACAGCUGGGUCAUUCUUGGUAUUUGGCCAGUCCUCAGUUUACUAGGAGUUCUUGUACAAUGGAAAGUCACUGCAGAAGGCUACUCUCACACAGAGGUUAUCAUAAGCCGACAGCAGCGCCGGGUCCAACUGAUGAAAAUAAAGCAACGGGAGGAACGGAAGGAGAAAAAGAAGAAAAACAAGAGGCCACACCACCAUCAUGCCCACCCACAACAUAAAGCUCCUCACCCGCCUGAGCCAGCCUUCCGCAGGAAACCUACUCCAAUCAGGCGCUUUGAUGGGGACGUGAUUUCCCCGAGUUACAUCCAGAGUUUCCGGGACCAGCAGACAGGAUCCUCGAGAAGUCGCAUGACUGGAGCGCACACUGUAGUGGAUUUGGACUAUGACUGCGGUUCCCGGGUCCCUCUGACUUCAGGAGCAGCAUCUGCCGUACGGGUAUAGCACACAGAGAAAAAGAGCGGGGAGGAUAAAAUAUAUCCGAGGGGUGUUACUGGGCUCAGAUAUGGAGUUAAAAAUUGCAAACACUGUGACACUGCACAUACAGAGGAGCUGCUGCGGGGCAUGGCGGAUCGUGUUGCCCUCGAACUGCGCAAACGCUGAGCACAACCCAAGAUAGUCUGUAAACCAGCCUCCUGCGCAGUAUAAACCACAAACACUGCUUCCUGCUGUACAUGCACUCAACAUUGACACCAUACAACCUGAACUCCCACCUACCUCCCCAUGAAACACCAUACACAAUGCAGAUCCCACCUACCUCCCCGCUCUUAAACUGAGACCUCUGACUGCUUCCCUAUAUGCACUUCUUACCAACCCCCCUCUCUUUGAGUCGAUGAAGAAGGGGCUAGCCAGGCAUCAAUCCUUGGUGCCUGUACCAACCAGUUUCUCUUUCUCGUGUUCUCCUUCUGUCCUGAGUGUGAUUCAGUGCCAUCUGGUGUCCAUAUUUCAUAACAGGCAGGACUGUCUAUUAGUGAAAAUCCACAAACCCCAAUGUGUAUAUAUUCAUAAAGAGAAAAAAAAACAUGUAUUUAACCCGUGAAAAACAUAUCUCUGCUGGAUUCAGAAGAAAUAUAAGAGGUGUUAGUGGAGAUUCCAAUUUAACAUGUGCAUUCAGGAAAAAAAGCCACAAGAUUUGGUUGGGGGAAAAAAUAACUUUUCUGGAACUUUUCAAUGGAUCUUUUUUAAAUUAUUGUUAUGUGGGUGGGUGGGUGGGUUAGACGGUAGUGUGAGUUGCUAUGCAAGUUGAGGUGAGUUUCAUAGAUUGCAUGAUGGAACACCAUUGUUUUUAAGGUCCCACAUCUUCUACUUUCCUAGGAUCUCUCUGCUACUCUAUUUUUACAUCAGCCCUUUAAUUACGCCUAUUGUUGGUUGGAUUUACAGUCUCCCAUAUUCACAGGAAUGAUAACUGCUAACCUAACAUGCUCUUACCUAACUAACCAUCUGAUGUAGACGUGUCAUUCCAACCAUAUACCCAUGAUGUGUUGUCUACAAACACUAGUCUACUGGCAGUUUAACUUAUUUAUUAUCCAUAUGCAGCAGUCACCCCUGUUUUCCUGUGAACUCUACCAAAAGGGCAUAUUGGCCAGUACAAUCCUCUCCGAAAUGUCUAGGCUUUUUCUGGCAUUGCAUUUCAAGCUCUGCUGUGCCUGCUGUUUCCUAUGCUCCACUGUUGAGAGGUGUGUGUUACCUUUAAUUUUGAACCAUGCAUGUUUUAUGGUCGAUGUAAGACAUAGAAGAGAGAUACUGGAUGCUAUUGUGAGUGGGGGAUCUAUAUUUUAUAUGCUGUUGUUCUCAAUGAACAGAACAAGGCAUGGUAGCCCACUAAUAGCCAUUUUUUAUCUUAAACCAGUCCUGAACAACUCCCAUCCAAAUAACAUGUAGAGAUUGCUUGAUGCUAUUCCUGGAGGGAUUUUCAUGAAUCUUUUACCAUGGGCUGUUCUUGAUGACCGUUUCGGAAGCAAUGUGCUUGGCAUUGUUAAAAUUCACAACGAUGGGUCCUUGUGUGAUGUGAUCGAAGGUUGUGUGCUUUCUUGGGGCAACAUGUUUUAAAUAUUUUUUAUCUGUGCCAAACCCCUGAUUCCCAUGUAAAUAUGAACUAAUUUCUCAUUGUUAAAGUAAUUUAUUGCAAAUCU